CCAGAGCAGAGACCACAGUCUGCUGCUGCUGCUGCUGCUGCUGCCAUUCACACCAUCACCGGUGGAGGAGGAGCAGGAGCAGGAGCAGGAGGAGGAGGAGGAGGAGGAGGUGGAGUAGGAAGCUGCACCUUGUGCCGGAGACGCAGCUGAUCCACCCGGACUCCGCUCCGUAUGGACUCACCAUGCGCCGGAUACGCGCCAACGCCAUCGCGAUCCUCACGGUCGCCUGGAUCCUAGGAACCUUUUAUUACCUGUGGCAGGACAACAAGCCGCAGUCCUCGACCUCAGCCUCGUCCUCGUCCUCGUCCUCGUCGUCCUCAGCGUCACAAAGCCGCGGCAGGAACCAUGGACAGAAAGCGGUUCCUGGGAAGCUGGAGGUCCACCGAGACGACAGGACCAUCGCUCUGAUGGUGACCCAGCCCCCCAGGCCGGAGCAGCAGGGUCAACUGCUGGGCAGUUUCGAUGAGAAAUCCUACCUGUCGGCCAAACAGCUGAAGCCGGGUGACGACCCGUACAGAGAGCACGCCUUCAACCUGCAGGAGAGCGACCGUCUGGGCAGCGAGCGAGCCAUCAGAGACACCCGACACUACAGGUGUGCUGCUCUGACAUACGACUCCGACCUUCCUGCCACCAGCAUCAUCAUCACUUUCCACAAUGAGGCUCGCUCCACACUCCUGCGCACCAUCAAGAGCGUCCUGAUGAGAAGUCCACCGUCUCUGAUCCAGGAAAUACUCCUGAUUGAUGAUUUCAGCUCUGACCCCGACGACUGCCAGCUGCUGUCUCAGAUCCCUAAAGUCCGCUGCCUGAGGAACAACAGGAGAGAGGGUCUGAUCCGCUCACGUGUCAGGGGAGCAAACACGGCCUCUGCAGCCAUCCUGACCUUUCUGGACAGUCACUGUGAGGUCAACACGGACUGGCUGCAGCCCAUGAUCCAGAGAGUCAAGGAGGACCAUACACGAGUGGUCAGUCCCAUCAUCGACGUCAUCAGCCUGGACAACUUCGCCUACUUGGCUGCAUCUGCAGAUCUGAGAGGAGGAUUUGACUGGAGUCUUCAUUUCAAAUGGGAGCAGAUUCCCAUUGAACAGAAAAUGGCAAGGAGUGACCCCACACAGCCAAUCAGAACUCCUGUCAUCGCCGGUGGGAUCUUCGUCAUGGACAAGAGCUGGUUCAACCACCUGGGUCAAUAUGACACUCACAUGGACAUCUGGGGAGGAGAGAACUUUGAACUAUCUUUCCGGGUGUGGAUGUGUGGAGGGAGUCUAGAGAUUCUCCCCUGCAGCCGCGUCGGUCACGUGUUCAGGAAGCGACACCCGUACGACUUCCCCGACGGCAACGCUCUCACCUACAUCAAAAACACGCGUCGAGCUGCUGAAGUCUGGAUGGACGAGUAUAAACAGUACUAUUACGCUGCCCGGCCCUCGGCCCAAGGCAAGGCCUUUGGGAGCAUCGCUGAUCGCCUGAAUCUGCGGCGGAAGCUGAACUGUAAAUCGUUCCGCUGGUACAUGGAGAACGUUUAUCCUGAGCUCAGGGUCCCGGAGCAGGAAGCCGUGUCCAGUGUUCUGAAACAAGGAAGUUUGUGUCUGGAGGCGCAUGGGAUCGACGGCCUGAUCCUGGCGGAGUGCAGGGGCGCUGGAGUCACCAGACCACAGUCACAGAGGUGGGAGCUGAUAGAACCACAGAUCAGACAGCAGGAACUCUGUUUGUCCAUCUCUGCCUUUUCCUCUGGGUCAAAGGUCAGGAUGGAGGCCUGCAACGUAAAAGAGCCCAGACAGAGGUGGAAGCCCAGAGGUUCCUCCCUACAGCACAUGGUCAGCGGCCUCUGUCUGGACAGCCUGUCCCAAGCAGGACCCCCGGUUAUAUCUCAAUGUCGCCCCCACGUGGCCAGCCAGUCCUGGGAGCCACAGCUCAUCGCCUGAGCCACACAUACAUGACAAAGUUGAAGGGAGGGAGAAAUGGAGGGGGAAGAGGGAGGGAAGGGUUCCUGGAGUGUGAGGAGGAGCUGAUCCUGCAGCCAGACUUUAGAAGGACUCAGGAUGACAUCACAUCACUGCAACACUGUCGUCUUCGCUGAAGGACGGAGGGAGUGAAAACGGAACUUUUUACAGCCUUCACUGUGACUGAGACAUGUCAAAGUUCUCUCUCUCUCUCUCUCUCAGAGAAAACGGGGGGAAAUGACAAAAACAAAAGUGAGGUAUUUUCUUGUACAGUGUUUCAUCCUGCAAGGACGCUGCAGAUCUUCUACGUAACCCUAAGCUUUUCACUGAUAACCGCGGCACAUCCUGAUUCAUUUCUAUUACUAUAUCUUCAUCCUGCUCCACUGUUUGCUUCACAUUUCACAAAGUUGUGGAAACAGCUUCGCGGCUGAGCGCCAGUCGUACUGAUUAUGUAGCAGAUGCAUCGAGGUGCAGCACCUGAGCUGCUCUGAGUCAAAGUCCGGGGUGGAGGCGUGUGUGAUGAGUGUGUGUGUGUGGCCCAGGCCAGCUUUAUGUACAGUCAACACAAAGACACCAUGCAGAGCUGUGUCAGGAACGCUAUUUAUUGUUUUUGCAUGGUCAGACCCAAAGAAUGUUUCCUUGUUUUUCUUGUCUUUUCUCUCUUUCUCUCUCCAUAAAGUUUAAUGUAAAUAUUUAAAUGACUAAUGGCUUGUUUUAUGUGUAAAGUAAUCUAUAUGUUGUUUGAAAAAUAAAAUGUGGUAACGGAGAACCGUGUGUGUGGUAA